AUGCCUCUUGUAGCGUUGGCAAACGUUUGGUACUCUUGUAAUAGAAAGUCAAAAACAGUUAUAACAUCAGACGGAGUACCUGUAGUUGUAACCUUUAGUGGAGAAUAUUAUAAAGGAGAUUUUACAUUAAAUAAAUUGCUACAAAAAUUAUUUGUAACAUUUUUGGAACCUUAUACUCGAGUACAAAUGGAUAAUGAAGAAUAUGUACUUAUCCGCUCCAUAAUUUUUUCACAUUUUGUUACAAAUGGUCUUAGCAAAGAAGGACAGAAAUUUUUACUUUCUGAGUCAGAAAAAUAUUGUGGAAUAUUAAUGAGAAUGUUACAGAAACGUUAUGGUCAACUAAGAGGAGCAACAAGAUAUGCAGAAUUGCUUCAUUUAGUCGAAUUUUGCUUUAAAUGCGGAAAUCAUUUAAGCAUUUUCCUUAAUUAUGUGGAUAAUGUAUUAGAUCAAGGGCGUUUCGAGAAAGUAAUGCCUGCGCCAUUAAUUGAUCUUUGCCUCCGCUGCAAAAAUGUGAAAUUACCGGAAAUUACAGGAAUUUAA